AUGUUCAGGAAGAUCAAUAAUGUGUUUCGGCCUAACCACCACGGGCACAGAGGGCGGGAAGGUGGAGGUGGUGGCGGCAGGUUUAGAACCGAGCAGGACUACCACAGCGCAUGCACCGUCCGCUUAGUCCGCAGCACUUCCAUGCUCGUGGUGGGAGAGAAAACUCAGACAGCCGUGGGCUCAACUUUGAAACGGAGCAAAAGCACCGUGAGCAUCGAGUCGACCUUGUACUAUUAUCAGAGGCAGGAGGACAGGAUAUGGCUCUACUCUCAGAAUCAGAACUGCCUGGAGUACCUGGAGGCGCUCGUGGCUUUGAGGAGACAGUACACAAAGAGCGUGAGCGACUUGAAAAGUGCCGACAGCAAGGCCACUGUGUCCUCAAAGAAGAAGCACGCGCCCCCGCCGCCGAAAAAGGAAGAACAGAUAUCAAAAGUCAAACCUGCAGUCCCUCCAGUCCCGGACGAGGAGGACACUCUGCAGUUCUUUGACGCAGUUAUUGCAAGCUGCGACAGUGAACCUCUACGGAAGCCUUAUAGGGACGAUGGACACGCAGAUGUGGACUUCAUAGUUGCCUCCAGCUCGGCCGAGCAUGACCUCCACUCAAACUGGGUCUUACGGGUUCCCCGGGUCACGGAGGACUCGGCACAGAAAGAGGUUCAGGACAGUGCCAAUGAAAGAGCCACAAAGAAGAAAACCCAGAACGGGUCCACGAGCAGCAGACUGCGGCUGCAGAGGAACCCGAUCCACCUGCCCAAAGUAGUGGAGAGCGCGUUCCAGACGCUGCGCUUCAAGCCCAAAUUAAAAAAGCAGUGAAGCUUGAUGGACAUUUGAAACCAGCAGCACGUAGAGCUCGACCUGCUUUGUAUGGACAUA